GCGCCGUUGCCUCACCUUUCCCGUUUCUCUCCGCCCCUUCGAAGCCGUGAUCGCUCGCUCUCGAAGAGAUCAGAUCAUAUGCUGAUCGAUUUGAGUUUCCUUGGACUCGAACCGGGUGGGAAUCAAAUCGAACGGAAUGUUAUAUAGCUGGACAAUGCACAAUCCUACGUCAACCCUCCCCUUACUAUCUCGUCAUUGGACUUGGAUACUGCAUCGUCAAUCAUCUUCUUCAACAACAGUGGGCACUUGUGAGGCCGCUUUGUUAGGUCAUGCAACAUGUCUUCUACAGAUUUAUUGAAGCUUGCUGCAAAUCUUGAAUCAAAGAAAUCAAAGAUCAAUUUUGAACCUGAAGUACUGUCAACUCUUGGAUCAUUGCUUCUUGAUGUUCAUGCUGUUUGUCAACCAAAGCCAACUGACUAUGAGAACCGAAGAAAAUUAGUUCAAAAGUUCAAUAAAUUGGCACUAGAAGUUUAUGGCAAAAACAAUGGCUUUCCGGCAGUGGAGGCAUUUGGGUCUUUCACUAUGGACUUAUUUACCUCUAAUAGUGACCUGGAUCUAUCAAUUAACUUCAGUAAUGAUAUGGUUGACUUCCCCCGUGAUAGGAAGAUUUCUUGUCUUAAGAUACUUGCAGAUGUCUUGAAUGAUCAUCAAAAGAGGGGACUUGUCACUAGGGUUUUGCCAAUUUUAACAGCUAGAGUUCCAGUUUUGAAAGUUGUAGACUGUGAAACUGGAGUGGAAUGUGAUUUUUCAAUUGAAAAUAAGGAUGGCAUUUCCAGAUCCUUGUUCUAUUCAAUUGUUGCUUCAAUUGAUGAAAGAUUUUCGAAAUUGAGUUAUUUGCUAAGAUUCUUAUAUUUACUGCUUUAUUUGUUGAUAUCAACUAUUGCUUGGAUUGAUGAAAGGUUUCUGAAAUUGAGUUAUAUGGUAAGAUUCUUAUAUUUACUGAUUUGUUGAUAUCAAUUGUUGCUA